AUGGCCGAAUUAGCGGCACUUGGUGUUGUAGCCAAUAUCGUCCAAUUUCUAGAGCUAGGGCUCAAAGCAUCGAUCUCCAUCGUUAGUACAUAUCGCAGUAUUACCGACGACGGAUUGCUUCCACGAUUGGUUGACCUGAAAGCCAUGGCAGAAGAUCUGCAACGGCGCUGUGUUCGAUUACAAGCAGAUGCCGAUAUAAAGAUGGAGGCAGGCAUGAAAAGCCUUCUACAGCGUUGCAUAAAGACUGCAAAAGAGCUUGUUGAUGAGGCCAGCGGUCUAACGAUCGUCAUCAACGGCAGGUCGCUCAGCGGCAUUCAGGAAAGAUUAAGCUUCAUUAAAGCCGAAAUAUUGGAGAGACUUCAAACGCUUCUCUUCCUCACAAAGCUAAUGCAGCCCUUAAGUCACCACCGUCGCGAGCUAUCGGAUCAUGUAGGCUCUUUGGGCGAUGCUUCAGCAGCAUGGAAUCGUGCCACGAACGCCAGGCUUGACCAAUUGGCUAAGGACGUCGGCAGACUCUUGGAAUCCACAAACGACGCUGCAUCUGCGACACAGCUCGAGAGAAUUUCCGCGACGCUGUCCCGCUUCGCAGAAGAAGCGAAGCAUCAGGGCAAUGUUCUGCAAAUCCUCAAAAGCCUAAAGUUUGCACAAAUUGUUGAACGACAGACCGAAAUACCCAAGGCUCAUCAAAAUACUUUUGAAUGGAUCUUCCACGAAAACGUUGACGUCAAUUUCGCGUCCUGGCUUCAAGCCUCAAAUGGAAUAUUCUGGGUCACUGGCAAACCUGGCUCUGGAAAAUCAACUUUGAUGAAGUUCAUUUCCGGACAUGAGACGACAUCGCAGCUGGGAAAUCUUUGGGCUAGCCCGCGACAACUUGUCGUAGCUAGUCACUUCUUUUGGGGCAUCAGGAGUGGUCUUCAGAGUUCUCAAGAAGGUCUUCUCAGAACAUUGCUGUUCCAGAUCAUGGUACAAUGCCCGGAGAUCAUUCCUGACGUUUGCCGAGAGAGAUAUACUAGUACAACGUAUGCUCUUAACUCAUGGACAAUUGAGACAUUACUAGAUGCCUUUGAGCGACUCAGGAGUAUUCGAUUACCAUCAAAGCGCAUCUUGGUGUUUAUAGACGGGCUCGAUGAAUACAAGGGCGACCACAGGGACCUAGUUAAGUUCCUUACCAACACGUCUCAGUCUUAUGACAUAAAAAUCUGCUGUGCAAGCCGACAUUGGCGAGUGUUUGAGGAUGCUUACGGCAACCUUACCACCCGCAUCCAGAUGGACCGACUUACAGCCACGGAUAUGGCAAUCUAUGUCCGUGAUGCUUUGGGCCAACAUGAGCACUACCAGUGUUUACUGAGAACUCAUGAAGCUGAAGCUACGAAACUUAUCGAAUCCAUCUCGCAGAAGUCAGAAGGCGUUUUCUUCUGGGUUGCCCUGGUUGUCAAGUCCCUCGUUCGCGGCCUUGAUAACUGGGACGACGUAGGCAUACUACAAAAAAGAGUCUCGGAGCUCCCUUCAGACCUCGACGAGUUUUUCCAGCGAAUGCUUGACUCCAUCGAAGAUGUUUACAGGGAAACCGCGUAUAGAACAUUCUCUAUGUUACUGAUUGCGGACAUGCCUGUUCCCGUGGUCUGCUUUUUGAUCAUGGACACCUACUUCGACAACAUGAUGAGCUUCAAGUCUACAGAUCCGUUCAGAUCACUGAAAUCAAAAAGCGCGUCUGCGACGAAAUAUUUGGGUAGCAAUUUGACCGCGGGGACCGAAUUUCAGCCGGAUGAUGAAGAAGGUCUUUACCGUCACUAUCAAGAUCCAGAUCAUCCAAAAUUCAAUCUCUUGAUAUACAUGCGGAUCAAUCACGUGGAGAGGCAAUCCAGGCUUGAAUAUCAGGUUCUGAAUUUAACAAGAAAGAGAGAUCAAAUUUUGGCUCAAUGUCGCGACCUGGUCCAAAGCUGGGAGGUACAAACGCAAGCCCCAACCAAUUUGAGAGUUGGAUUUCUCCACCGGACAGUGGUAGAGUUUCUCCAGCGUUCCAAGAGUGCUCGGUCGCGAAUUCCACUUAAACACCAGCGGUAUUGGCUUGCAAGGUCGUUUGCAGAAUUUGAUGCGCAAUUGCGAGGGGCUAAGAAUGGAAGGGAUGUGGACAGGGACUUUCUCUUCAGGUUUUUAUACACGACCGAGCAAGCGGAGCCGCACGACAUACUAGCUUCUCUCCCUGGGCUUGCAAGACUAUGUGAGCAAAUGAUGGAUAUGUGGAGAGGCGAAGUCAACGUUCGACCUCCUUUGGAGACUAUCUGGCUUGUCUCGCAAGUUUGGGCCAGAGCAUUUCUCGCGAUGCCUACCACCUUAUCGUCGUCUCCACACAGAAACUUUUAUCUCUUUACUGCCAUGAGAAGUAUCCUGAAAGGCUCGAUGUAUGUGGAGGUCGGCGACUUUCCAGACGUUGUUCAGACACAUUCUGUGGAUCUUCCGGUCCUACGUGACCUCCUUUCUUGGGUCAACUUCACGGGAGACGACCCAGACAUGUCCUAUCCGUUUAAGAAUUUGUCCACAUACUGGAGCGGAAUGAUUCUACGUCACGGCGCCCGCAUAAUGCAUUUGAAGCUUGCAUAUUGA